AUGUUGGCCGUGCCCGGUGCACUGACGCUCGGCGUAAUGUGCGCGCUCCUGUCCGCCUGCGCGUCGGAGGAUCCGGUGAGUCCGGAGAGCCCGAUGUCAAAGCCCACCGUCAUGAUCGCAGUGUUAGCCCGGAACUCUGCACACAGUCUGCCGCACUCUCUGGGCUGCAUCGACCGCCUGGAUUACCCCAAAGAUCGCCUGGCUAUAUGGGCAGCAACAGACCACAACAUGGACAACACCACGGCCAUGCUGAAGGAGUGGAUGAAGUCGGCUCGGAGGAGGUAUCACUACGUGGAGUGGAGACCCAUGGAGGAGCCCAGAUCGUAUGUAGACGAGUGGGGCCCCAAGCACUGGCCCCUGUCCCGGUUUAACCACCUGCUGAAGCUCAGACAGGGAGCUCUGGAUGCUGCACGUCAUCGAUGGGCCGACUACAUUCUGUUUGUGGACACUGAUAAUCUUCUGACCAAUCCGAGGGUGCUGGACCUCCUGAUAGCCGAGAAUCGGACUCUGGUGGCGCCCAUGCUGGAAUCACGUUCUCUCUACUCAAACUUCUGGUGUGGCAUCACUCCUCAGGGUUACUACAAGCGCACGGCGGAUUAUCAGCCGAUCCGGGAGUGGCGGCGCCAGGGCUGCUUUGCUGUUCCCAUGAUCCACUCCACGUACCUGCUGGAUUUGAGACGCAGCGCCUCGCUCGCCCUGGCGUUCUACCCGCCGCACCCGGACUACAGCUGGACCUUCGACGACAUCAUGGUGUUCGCUUUCUCCGCCCGCCAAGCAGGUGUACAGAUGUUUGUGUGUAACAGGGAGCAUUAUGGUUUCCUGCCCAUCCCACUACGAGCCCAGCAGAGUGUGGAGGACGAGGAGGAGAGUUUCACACACACCAUCACCGAGGCUCUGAUGAAACAUCAGCUCGGUCCCUCAGAGUUUGUGUUUGUUCCUCCGAAGCUUGAGGACAAGAUGAACUUCGAUGAGAUCUUUUUAAUCAAUCUGAGGAGGAGGAGGGACCGGAGGGAGCGGAUGUUGAGUUCUCUUGCUGCUCUGGGUGUGGACGUCACCAUCACCAACGCUGUGGAUGGAAAGGCUCUGAACACGUCUCAGCUGCAGGCGCUGGGGAUCGAGAUGAUGCCGGAUUAUAAAGAUCCGUACUCGGGCCGAGUGCUGACGAGAGGAGAGAUCGGCUGCUUCCUCAGUCACCACUCAAUCUGGACCCAGAUGGUGGAGCGGGGUCUGCAGCGGGUCUUGGUUCUGGAAGACGAUGUGAGAUUCGAACCCAGGUUCAAGCAGAGGUUACAGACUAUCAUGGAGGACGUAGAAAAGGUUCAGCUGGACUGGGACCUCAUUUACAUGGGCCGUAAGCGGAUGCAGGUAGCUCAGCCCGAGCUCUCAGUAGAAGGUGUGGAUAACCUGGUGGAGGCGGAUUAUUCCUACUGGACGCUGGCCUACGCCCUCUCUCUCACCGGAGCCAAUAAGUUUCUCACGGCUCAGGCCUUCAGCAGGAUGCUUCCUGUAGACGAGUUCCUGCCCGUCAUGUUCAACAAACAUCCCAACGCUGCCUACAUGUCUCACUUCGAGCCGAGGGACCUGCGAGCGUUCUCCGUGGAACCCCUGCUGGUUUACCCCACGCACUACACGGGCGAGCCGGGGUACUUCAGCGACACCGAGACCUCAACCAUCUGGGACGACGAGGCCGUCAAUACAGACUGGGACCGAUCGCACGCCCAGAAAACCGCCCAGCAGGGUCACAUCCAGCCCAUCGCUCAGAACAGUGUGACGGGGGACACGCCGCCCCCUGCGGCUCGAGCGUCACGAGACGAACUGUGAACAGAACGAAGAAACGAAAAGGAAAAAUGGUUAUGAAGGUCUUCAGGACUUUAGAUUGUCUAGUAAAUGUUCCUCCACAUGCAAAGAUGUUCCUUAACGUCCCCCAAAGAUGUUCCUCCACUUCCAAACAUGUUCCUUCACGUCCCCCAAAGAUGGUUCUCCACCAUGCCCAAAGAUGUUCGUUCACAACCAUAGAUGUUCCUUCAUGCCCAAAGAUGCUCCUCCACUUUCAUAGAUGUUCCUUAAUGCCCAAAGAUGAUCCUUCACACUCGAAGAUGUUCCUCCACGUCUAAAGAUGUUC